AGUUGUUUUCGAUGAAAAAUGGUCAAGGAGUUCCGAAUGCCUUUCGCCACCUUGUAAUCUUAUCGAGAAUACAAUUUAUCAUACAUAAAGGAAACAAUGCUAUCAGAGCUGAAGACGAAGGGAAACUUAAAACUGAUUAUUGUCUUUAUCGUGGUCACUAUAGUAAUUGUUUUAAGUGGAACUGGAUAUUUUUGUACAAGUACCAGAGUGGAAUAUAUUGAAGACAGAAACCAUUAUCUUUGGCCACAGAGAUUGAAUGACGAAUCAGUGAAUGAAACCGGGAGUUCUUGGAAGAAUGUCCGCGUUCUCUGCCUUAUUCUCUCUUCUAGUUCCGGGCAAACAAAAAUGGCCGCCGUGAACGCAACCUGGGCGAGCAAGUGUGAUAAAAAAUACUAUGUAUUGUCUCGUGAGAUAAAUAAAACGGAUAAUGCUGAAAUGCUAAUCACGCCUGAAAAAGAAGGAAGAGAUCAUUUAACGGCUAAAGUAAGAUAUGCCCUGACAUAUGCAUAUGAAAAACACAGGCACGAAUUUGAUUGGUUUCUGAAAUGUGACGAUGACACAUACGUCAUAAUGGAGAACCUACGCCAUAUGUUGGCUAGUACAGACCAUAACAAGCCUAGUUAUAUGGGAUUUCACAUGAAGCUGCUUGUCAAGAAUGGCUACAUGAGUGGUGGUGGCGGAUACGUCAUAAGUUCGCGGGCCCUUCGUGAUGUAGUACGCAUAGGUUUUAAAAAUGGCUUCUGCUUGCUGGAUGGCGGCAACGAAGAUGUAGAAAUUGGAAAAUGUCUUCAGGCUUCCGGUGCCCAAGUCUUGUCAACCCUCGAUAUGUCUGGAGAAGAAACAUUUCACGCAGUCAGUCUGUUCGAGCAUCUUACGGCAAAUCCAGAAACAUUCUGGCUGAAGAAUUACGCAUGGAACAAGCAUUCAAUGGGUCAGAUGUGCUGCAGUCGUUACUCGGUCACUUACCACUAUGUUCGUCCAGAUGAGAUGUACAUUUUCCACCACCUGCUGUACCACACAGAAGUGUUGGGAAUCUUGCGUCCACCAGUACCGGAUAAAAUCUUUGAUUUACAGCCUGUCAAUCCUAGUUAGUCGAAAAUGAAAUGAAAUGAGAUAAAGUCAAGUAUUGCAAUAUCUAUUUUGGAUAAAGACUGAACAAUGUCUGAUUAUGUCUCCCCCAUCCAUGGGGAGACAUAAUAGUCUUGCCGCUGUCCGUCAGUCAGUAAGUCCGUUCGUCACAAAUCGUUUCCGAUCAAUAACUAUAAAACGCUUGGACCAAGGCACUUCAUACUUGGUAUGCAGGUUGGUCAUGGCCAGUAGAUGACUCUAUUGAUUUGUUAUCAGACGGUCAAAGGUCAAGGUCGCGGUGACCGUGAGGUGGAAAAAACAAUUUUCGCUCAAUAACUGAAGAUCAUUUUGGUCCAAUAAAAUCAGUCUUGGUCAUGGCUAGUAUAUAACUUCUAUUGAUUUUGAGAUCUAGGUCAAAGGUCAAUGUCGAGGGGACUUUUAGGGUGAAAUCGAUAUGUUGGCAGUAAUCUUAGACUGAACAAUGUUUUCCAGUCAAUAACUAAAGAACACUUUUACCCAGGAACUUUAUACUUGGUAUGCCAGUUUGUCAUGACUAGUCAUGACACAGAUCAUAAGGUUAAAAGACACUGUCGCGGUGACCUUAAGGUGAUAAAACGGGUUCCACUCUAUAACCAAAGAACGCUUGGGCCCAGGAACUUCAUAUUUGGUACACAAAUUGGUCAUGAUAAGUAGAUGACCGUUAUUGAUUUUAAGGCCAGAAAGUCAAGAUCACAGUCACCUUAAUGUGAAAUAAAAUUGAGGAUCACUGAUCUUUUGCAGUAGAUGUUCACUAUUUAAAAAGGAUGAAUAGGCCGAAUUUUAAGGUCACUGUCCAUUAUUGAUUAUUCUCAGUUGCGACCACACAAAAGAACAAGCGUUUUUCCAAAAGUAAUCAUUAAAAUAGAAUAUCGCCGAAGCCGGUGCUUGUUCAGAAGUGUUGACAGUGAUGCACAUAUUCCUACCGUCAAUUACCUUUCUCAGUAAAACCGGACAAUUAUUAACAUACUUACAUGUUGUGCUUCCAAUUGAUUUUCUUUUCAGAUUGUAAACUAUAUAUAAUUUAUUUCGUUAUACUUUUGGUGUAUGUCAAGGGUAUGUCCCCUUUAUUAUAUUCUCUUUUCAUAGAAGACCAGGAGUUGUAUUUUUCAAAAUGAUAUUUAUAGGGUGAUACAUGGAUGAUAUUGUCUUAUAUAUGGCUAUAUAUGGCAGGUCUUCUUAAGAAAUUAAAAGCCAUUGGGAUAAUUUAUUAAAUUAUUGAAAUACUUGGGGAUUAAAAGGUAAUACUUAUAUGACUAAACGUAAAGUGUAUCGUUAAAGAUGCGGAUUAUAGCCGAAGAAAUAUGGACCUUUAAUGAUCACGAAAUACAAGUUGUAAACUAUUUAAACCAUUUUGGUGUUGUUUGUAUUGUUGUUAUUUAAUGAUACUGGUAACUUUAUCCAAAAUCCAGGAACACUUGUUGACCAUUAAUGUUUUGUUUUGUAAAUGCAAGGGUAAUGACAUAAAACUCCCAAAUUAUUUGUCAGUUAUUUAAAGCAUUCAUUCACUGUUGCUUUAAUUCCGCAGAAGAAGUUUUGGGAUAGUGUUAGAACGAAUCCCAGUGAAAACAAUACCUGCAAUGCUGGUGUGGACUCAUGUAUCAUUCGGCAGAUAACUAUAUAUAUAUACAGAAAUGCGGUCAUAAUUGUUUUACACUAUUGCUUCAACGUGCUUACCUCUGACAAUAGUAUUAAAAUGCAUAUUAUCCAGCUGUGUGUGAUAAUAAUAAAGCUUGUCAUAACUAGUUACAUUUUUGUAUAUAUUGCUUAGACAUUAUAUUAAUGGGGCGUUAGUUAUGACUUCGAUAAUGUUCUAAAUAAUGAUGAAACAUGCAUAUAAAUAUUUAAUAUAGAAACAUAUUUUCUUUGCUGUUAUUCCCUAUUGAUGUUGAAGACGAAUUUAACUAUGUGAUUUGUCCAUAUCUUAACGAUAUAAGAAGAAAUGAAAAUAACAAUAUUCGUGAGACGAUCUGUGUUUAAGUGUUUUGCAAUUGUUGCAAAAAACAACAACAAUAAAAUGGAACGAAAAAGUCUAUGUUUGUUUGUAACGGAGUCUCUUUAAGAAAUAU